AUGUUACCUUUAAUUGCCCUCGAAGAGCAUUACGCCUCAUCGGCAGUACGAGCCUCACAAAAGGUGGAUCGCUAUGCUAGCUUUCCACCCCAGAUCGUGGCCAAGUUGAUCUCGAUGGGCGACGAGCGGAUUAGAGAUAUGGACAAUGGCAAUGUGUCGCUGCAAAUUAUUUCACAUGGCCCGGGUAUAAGACCCCCGACGAUCUGUACAGCAGCGAACGAUGAAUUAUUCUCCGCCAUAUCCAAGAAUCCGAAUCGAAUGGCAGGAUUCGCGAUGCUGCCGAUGGACGACCCAAAUGCAGCCGCCUUAGAACUUGAAAGAUGUGUUCGUGACCUCGGCUUUGUCGGUACGUUAAUCGAUAACCACGUCAACGGACAAAUGUACGACGAUGAACGUUUCUGGAAGGUGUUCGAGAAAGCACAGGAGCUAGACGUUCCUCUUUACAUUCACCCUUCAUUUGCAGCCGACAAUGAACGAUACAAAGGAAACUACGACGACUCGAUAGCUAUGGCAUUAGGCGCAUUUGGAUGGGGAUGGCAUUCGGAGACAGCACUAAACAUCUUGAAGAUGUUCGCUAGCGGAAUUUUCGACCGCUUUCCCAAGAUAAAAAUCAUCAUCGGACACAUGGGUGAGAUGCUUCCUUUUCAAUUUGAAAGAGUGAUCACGAUCUCAGAUAAGUGGGGCAAAAAGAGAAACUUCAGGGAAGUUUGGAAGAACAACAUCUGGAUCACGACGAGUGGCAUGUUUGCACUUCCUCCGCUAUUGUGCCUACUCCAGACGACCUCGAUUGAACAUGUCAUGUACAGUGUGGACUAUCCCUUCUCUGCAAAUGAGACCGGGCUUGCAUUUAUUGAGGAGAUUCGCAGGAGCGGUCAAAUCACGGAGGGUGACUUGCAGAAGAUUGCUUUCCGCAACGCCGAAGAUUUACUCGGAGUCAAGACUAGCCGUGUCUAG